GGCGGACUUCACCAUUUAUUCUUCCUCACUUCUCCUCGUUGUGUCGCAUCGUCGGCAGCAUCACCAAAAUGGUGUUCGGUCAUCUCACGGAGACCUUGCUGCUCCUAUUGGUGUCCGCAGUGCCUUUCGCACAUGCGUUCUAUCUUCCUGGUAUCACACCCACCAACUACAAGCGCGGGGACAUUGUACCGCUUCAUGUCAACCAUCUGACGCCUUCACAUUCUGAGCACGAUACUCGGCUGAGAUCUAUCCUUUCUUAUGACUACUACCACCCGGCGAUGCACUUUUGCGCACCAAAAGAAGGUCCUCGGCAUGUCUCAGAAUCUCUAGGCAGCAUUCUAUUCGGGGAUCGCAUUCAAACCUCGCCCUUUGAGCUGCAUAUGGCAAAGAAUGAGAUCUGCAAAGCAGUGUGCGAACCAGUCGAUUUUCCCGCGUCCGAUGCGCAACACGUCAACCGCAAGAUCGACCAAGCCUAUGAUGUGAAUUGGCUGGUGGAUGGACUACCAGCUGGACAGAAUUACUCGGAUGAAACCACUGGCACUUGGUUUUUCCAACCCGGAUUUGCUCUGGGCAGAGUGCAGGGCGACGUAGCGGAGCUCAACAACCACUACGAUAUCGUCGUGGACUAUCACAAAGUUGGAAAGGACGAAUAUCGCGUGGUCGGAAUCCAAGUCGAACCCGACUCACGGGAGGACUUGGACAGGUUAAACAGCGAGGAUUGUGGAUUUGGAUCGGCACCACAGGUUCUUUCCGAGGCGGAAGAUACCCAGGUAUUAUGGACAUACGCUGUUUAUUGGCGGGAAUCACCAACCACAUUUGCAACGCGAUGGGAUAAAUACUUGCAUGUGUUCGACCCGAGAAUUCAUUGGUUCUCGCUGGUCAACAGCACCAUCAUCGUAAUGGUGCUUAUCGGCAUGGUGAGCACGAUUUUACUGCGAGCUUUGAGGAAAGACAUCGCCCGAUACAACCGGCUCGAUCAACUUGGUCUGGAUGAUCUAAGUGGAGGCAGCGCCGAAGAUGGUAUUCAAGAAGAUUCAGGGUGGAAACUGGUUCAUGGCGACGUGUUUCGCCCUCCAAAGGCCUCGCUGGCAUUGGCUGUCUGCAUCGGCAACGGCGCCCAGCUGUUUAUGAUGGUCGGGUUUACCAUUAUAUUUGCUGUCAUUGGCUUCUUAUCCCCGAGCAAUCGUGGUAGCCUUGCCACGGUGAUGAUUCUCCUUUACACGACGUUCGGCUUCGUGGGAGGGUACGUCAGCUCCCGUGUCUACAAGUCAUUUCAGGGCACGAAGUGGAAGCAGCUUUUUAUUCUCACGCCAGCUGCUGUCCCUACAGUUGUCUUCGCUGUGUUCUUCAUCCUCAACCUGCUCGUCUGGAUACGACAAUCUUCUGGCGCGGUCCCAUUCACAACAAUGCUCGUGCUGGUUGGCAUUUGGUUUGUCAUUUCAGUGCCACUUUCAAUCGGAGGCUCCUGGCUUGGAUUCCAGCAGUCCUUGCCCGAGCCACCUGUCCGAACAAACCAGAUUCCCAGACAAAUCCCUCCGGCGGUAGGCUAUCUGCGGCCUUUGCCAAGCAUGCUCCUUGUCGGUGUAUUACCGUUUGGUGCCAUUUUCGUCGAGCUCUAUUUCAUCAUGAGCUCACUAUGGAGUGGUCGCAUAUAUUACAUGUUCGGCUUUCUAUUCUUGAGCUUUGGCCUACUGGUGGCGACUUCUGCCGCCGUGACUAUCCUCAUGAUCUAUUUCCUACUCUGCGCAGAAAAUUACCACUGGCAAUGGCGAGCAUUUGCGAGCAGUGGCGCCAGUGCAGGAUGGGUGUUCGCAUAUUCUCUCCUCUAUUGGAUUCGUAUGCUCAGCUUCAACACCUUCACCGGUGCCUGCUUGUACAUCGGCUAUUCCAUUGUGCUCAGCGCACUUUGGUUUUUGCUCAGUGGUACGAUCGGCUUCUUUGCCUGCUGGAUGUUUGUGCACCGUAUCUACGCCUCAAUCAAGGUGGACUGAUAUGCUUCCAAAGUUUUUAUUUCAGCGCUUGUAUUUUAGGUGGCAAUGUUGCCUGUGCAUAUAGAAGCAUGUCUUGAUGAAUAUGUUCGCA